CAAGACGCUAGCUCGGUCCAAUCGGCCAAAACCGGCCAGCAGCGCUUCGCAAGCGUCGAGAGGCCAUUACUACGGCCUGCGUAUAGAACGCAGUCGUCAGACCCAGCCGAAGCGCUCACGACCUUCACGACAGAGCCCUAAGACACAUUGCAGCUGCAGCGCUUCAUUCGCACGACGCUGCAACGCGACGCAAGAGCUAAAAGAAAUGGCCGACUUCACCACCCCCCAGCCCCUGCAAGCGCUGCUCAUCGACGCCACCCAACCACCCUGGCUUAAGGAAAAGGAUGAAGCCGCGGCGUCGUGGGACGACGCAAGUUUACCGGACCGGCAAAGUGUAGCGGCCUGGGUGCGGACGUGGUCCGAGGGCGACGAGAUCGCGAGGGUCAAGGAGGUCAUGGUCGGCGUCGAUGCCCGCAUCGAGGCGGCCUUUUCCGUGGAAGCGGCCGCGAAGUUCCGAAGGUGGGCCGCCGGCGUGCUGCUCGACGUCUUCGGGUCGAGCGACGACCUCGCGGACACAAUUGCACUGGCACAGCGGCCCAAGUUCCGGGACGCGUCGCCGUCACUGACCCAGUUCGAGCGCUUCGAGCACUACGACGAUUUAUGGGAGGGCGAGGAUUCAAGAGCUGACGAGUUAAGUGAGUGGAUCGAGAAGGCGGCGACGCUCGGCGACGUUGCAAUCGACGACGCGCCCGCGGUAUUAACGAGGUGGGUCGUCUCCAUAUCUAUCGCCGAGCUCGUUCAUAUGAGAACGAGCGCGAAGCGGGAGAAGCGCGCCGAAGCCCAAAAGGCGCGGCGCACGCUGCUCGACAAGGCGGCGGAGCUGCGCACGGCCGUCGGCCGGCCGCCCGACGAUGAUGAGGAUGACGAGGAGGAGGAUGGAGAAUGGGACGACGACGACGCGGCGACGACGCCGCCGGUCGCCGCGCCCGCGGUCGCCGCGGCGCCGUCCCCGGAGCCACCAAAGCCGGAGGAGACGAAGGAGCCGCCCGCCAAGGCCAAUCCCGUAGGAAGGAAGCCCCUGCCCAAGGCCGACGCCGCGCGCCACGCGACGCACGUCGGCGAGUUCUACGAGAACGACGAAAACGACGCGCGGACGCGGCACGCGCGCGGCUACGAUCCAUUGGAUAAGCACGCGCAGCGCGUCGAGGCCGAGGUCGACGACGCGAAGGAGCGGCGCGACGCGCUGUAUUUUUUGCUGCGUCUUUGUUUUUUUUUCCCCUGUGUCGACACUUGUCCGCCGUCGUCGCGUCGACUGCGUGGUGACUGUGCGUGUCCGCCGUCGUCGCUUCGACGGCGUGCUGACUGUACAUGUCUGCCUCGACAGCGUGCCGAUGGGACGCGUCCGCCUCGACGCCGUCGUCGCGUCGACGGCGUACCAACGCAGGCGGGCCGCGGUCCAGGACCACGUCGCGGCGAUGCGGAGCCGGGGUCUGGUGUUUGACGUCGAGUUUCCGGAGCGGAGCCUCGGGUUGAGGGUGGCGCUCGCGAAAUAUGGCGAGAGCGGGCGGCGCUUCGUGGUGGUAGACUCGACGGAGCGGGGCUCGGCGUGCUUCGAGAGCGUCAAGCCCGGCGACGAGUUGUGUGCUGUGAACGGCGCCGCCGUCGUGGACCCCGACGAGGAGAGCAUCGAGACGCUCAAGUCGGCGAUCGCGAACGCGCCGCGGCCGCUCGUCAUCACGUUUAUUGAAGGCGAGGACCGCGACACGUUGUUCGCGGCGCAGGAGGCGCAGCGCAGUGGUUCAGCACGACCACGGAAAGCGCCGCCCGCCACGAAGAAGCGCGCCGACAUCUACUCGGCUCCGAAAGAUGCACAGUUAGUGAUAGUGGAUCGGGACGCGCAGUACCGCGGCCACAUCUGCGAGGACGGGGCGACGCUCAAGGAUGCCAAGGGCGCGCGGCUGCUCGUCGUCGACGCGGCGUUGGGCGUGGCGACGGACGACGGCGGCGUGCUCGUCGGGAAGGUUUCUGUGAAUGAAACGGACGCGGCGCUCGUCGGCAUCGAAGACUCAAAAGGCCGUCUACUGGGCUACGCGGACCAGGGGCGGUCGUCUGUGUUGGACGCUCAGAAAUCAACCAUCCUAGAAAUCGACUCGGCGGGCGAGUGCCGGGGCCACGACGGCCUGCACGUCGGCAGCCUGGUGGGCUUCACGUACCACCACACGAAGCUCGUCGCCUUCGUGUUUUUACUGAGGCCGCACCUCUUCCGGGACAAGCCGAAGUCGUUCUUGAGGGCCAUGCGGAAGAGCGCGUCGCGGGCGUCGGGGGCGCACGGGUUCUUCGCGAAGGCGGCGUAAAUCAGUUUUCUUGUCU